GACUCGCAAUCCACUGAACAGAGGGUGUUCACUCUUGAAGGCCAUAGUGGUCCCAUUAGGCCGAUUGCCUGGUCGAUAGAUGGAAGCCUGCUCGCAUCAUCAGUAUCUGUAGUCCGGGCUCCUGGUCAGUGUGUGUUGCCUCUUCAUAUCAACUCCCCUGACUUCCUUCAAUUCGAUAAGGUCAAUUCUGAUCAUCUACGCACGAGGACGGGUACGCUUGAUAUAGGUUCAAUUGCUUCUGUCACAUUUAUGCCUCAUCGCAUUAUUUUAUCGCCCAAACAAUAUGGAUAUGGCUUGAGUCAUGACCUUUCCUGGAUAACCUACAAUGAAGUAAACCUCCUGUGGUUACCCACUGAGUUUAGACCACAAGGUUCUUCUCGAUUUGCUAUGUCAGCAACAAAUUUGGCGACCGGCUGCUCAUCAGGUCACGUCAUAUUUCUCACCCUCAGAGAAAGGGGCCCUGUUGAGUAG